GGCGGUAAUGCGCCUUUUGGUUGUCAACCGCCAUUUUAAAAUCACAAAACAUGAAGAAGAAGAACUUUGAGCUGUCGCUCAGACGGAGAGGAUAUAGUUUCAUGUUUUUGGAGCUCAACAUUGACAAAAAUGCUCAUUUGAAACAUAAAUUAUUCUUGCAAAGCUGAAUGAUAGUCUUUGGUAGCGUGCAUAUCUGGAAAAGGUGUUUGAGACGCUGAUUGCAUUGCACAGACAGCCGGCGGGGAAGAAUGGCUGGAAGUGUUGUGUUAACUGGCUAACUGGCUAACGUUAGCACUAGUCAACUGACUGACUAGCUAGCUAAAUCGCCACAUUCGCUGCGCAUGAACUCAUUGCAUUGGGAUUUAUUAGGACUGGAAAUAUAUAUAUGUUUUUUUGUGGAUACAGGAAGAACUUUCCAGUCCACACGACCAUCGCGUCAAACCCGUAGUUCACGAACAUGAUCAAAUUCAUAUACCGUAUCAAUGCAUGAAGUCAAGAUGAACAGGAAGAAGGACAAGGGAUUUGAGAGCCCGCGGCCUUUUAAAUUGACUCACCAGGUUGUCUGCAUCAACAACAUCAACUUCCAAAGAAAGUCUGUGAUUGGCUUUGUGGAGCUGACCAUCUUCCCAACUGUGGUCAACCUGAACCGGAUCAAACUCAACAGCAAGCAGUGCAGGAUCUACAGGGUCCGGGUCAACGACCUAGAAGCACCAUUCAUUUACAAUGACCCUACUCUAGAGGUCUGCCACCACGAGUCCAAGCAGAGGAACCUGAACUAUUUCUCCAGUGCCUACACAGCAGCAGUCAGUGCUGUGGACCCAGAUGCAGGACACGGCGAGCUGGUCAUCAAAGUCCCCUCGGAGCUGUGGAAGCAAGGAGACGAGAUGAAUGUGCUGAAGGUGUACAUAGAGUUCUCUCUGGACCAGCCUAAAGGAGGCCUUCACUUUGUGGUGCCUGACGUAGAGGGGAGCAUGGCUGAGAGAGGAGCACACGUCUUCUCCUUCGGAUACCAGAACUCCACGAGGUUCUGGUUCCCCUGUGUGGACUCGUACUCUGAGCUGUGCACCUGGAAGCUGGAGUUCACAGUGGAUGCCUCUAUGGUAGCUGUGUCCUGUGGGGACUUGGUAGAGACUGUCUAUACCCAUGACAUGAGGAAGAAGACCUUCCACUACGUCCUCCCCAUCCCCACCGCCGCCUCCAACAUCUCACUGUCUGUCGGGCCCUUUGAGAUCCUGGUCGACCCCUACAUGCAUGAGGUCACCCACUUCUGUUUACCCCAGCUCCUGCCCCUGUUGAAACACUCCAUGUCCUACCUGCAUGAGAUCUUUGAGUUCUACGAGGAGAUCCUGACCUGUCGCUAUCCUUACUCCUGCUUCAAGACUGUGUUUGUGGACGAGGCCUACGUCCAGGUGUCCUCCUACGCGUCGAUGAGCAUCUUCAGUACUAAUCUGCUCCACAGUGCCAUGAUCAUAGACCAGACCCCCCUGACCAGACAGUGUUUAGCUCAGGCCCUGGCCCAGCAGUUCUUUGGCUGCUUCAUCUCCAGGAUGUCCUGGGCUGAUGAGUGGGUGCUGAAGGGGAUCUCUGGCUACAUCUAUGGUCUGUACCUGAAGAAGACCUUUGGAGUGAACCAGUACCGCCAUUGGAUCAAAGAGGAACUGGACAAGAUGGUGGAGUACGAGCUGAAGAUGGGAGGAGUUCUCUUACACCCGACCUUCGGCGGAGGAAAAGACAAGGACAACCCUACCCCUCACCUCCACUUCUCCAUCAAGCACCCUCACACCCUGUCCUGGAAGUACUAUAAGAUGUUCCAGUGUAAAGCCCACCUGGUCAUGAGGCUCAUUGAGAACAGGAUCAGCAUGGAGUUCAUGCUGCAGGUGUUCAACAAGUUACUAAGCCUGGCUAGUACAGCGUCCUCGCAGAAGUACCAGUCACACAUGUGGAGUCAGAUGCUGGUAUCCACCCACAGCUUCCUCAAGUCCAUCUCCAACGUGUCGGGGAAGGACAUAGGACCCCUCAUCAAGCAGUGGGUGGACCAGAGUGCGGUGGUGAAGUUCUUUGGCAGUUUUGCCUUCAACAGGAAACGGAACGUUCUAGAACUGGAGAUUCGACAGGACUACACCUCCUCUGGAACACAGAAAUAUGUGGGACCCAUCAAGGUGACAGUCCAGGAGUUGGAUGGGUCCUUCAACCACACGCUACAGAUCGAGGAGAACAGCCUGAAGCACGACAUCCCCUGCCACUCCAAGAGCAGACGAAACAAGAAGAAGAAGAUCCCUUUGAUGAACGGGGAGGAGGUUGACAUGGACCUUUCUGCUAUGGAUGCGGAUUCUCCCUUGCUGUGGAUCCGGAUCGAUCCGGACAUGUCCAUCCUGCGUAAGGUGGAGUUUGAGCAGGCAGACUUCAUGUGGCAGUACCAGCUCAGGUACGAGCGUGACGUCGUGGCCCAGGAGGAGUCUAUUUUAGCCCUGGAGAAGUUCCCCACGCCGGCCUCCCGUCUGGCCCUCACUGACAUCCUGGAACAGGACCAGUGUUUCUACAAGGUCCGCCAGGGCGCCUGCUUCUGCCUCGCCAAGAUCGCCAACUCCAUGAUGAGCACCUGGACCGGUCCUCCAGCCAUGAAGUCUCUGUUCACCAGAAUGUUCUGCUGUAAGAGCUGUCCAAACAUCGUCAAGACCAACACCUUCAUCAGCUUCCAGAGCUACUUCCUACAGAAGACCAUGCCUGUAGCCAUGGCUCAGCUCAGAGACAUCCAGAACCUCUGUCCCAAAGACGUCCUCAACUUCAUCCUGGACCUCAUCAAGUACAACGACAACAGGAAGAACAAGUUCUCCGACAACUACUACCGUGCCGAGCUGAUUGACGCCCUCACCAACUCCCUGACCCCGGCCAUCAGCAUCAGUAACGAGGUGCGCACCGUGGACAACCUCAACGGAGACGUACGCCUCAUCCUGGAGGAGAUCACACGGUCUCUUAACAUGGAGAAACUACUGCCCAGCUACCGCAACACCAUCACUGUCAGUUGUCUCAGAGCUAUCCGGAUGCUCCAGAAGAAUGGUCAUAUUCCCAGUGACCCCUCUCUGUUUAAAUCCUAUGCAGAAUACGGACACUUUGUGGAUGUUCGUGUGGCAGCGCUGGAAGCUGUGGUGGACUACACAAGAGUUGACAGGAGCUCCGUGGAACUGCAGUGGCUGCUCAACAUGGUCCAGAAUGACCCGGCUCACUACAUCAGACACAAGAUCCUAAGCAUGCUGGGUAAAAACCCUCCCUUCACCAAAGCAGCCGAGUCUCCACUCUGCAACGAGGCUCUGGUCGACCAGCUGUGGAAACUCAUGAACUCAGGUACGUCUCAUGACUGGCGGUUGCGGUGUGACGCGGUGAAUCUGUACUACACUCUGUUUGGUCUGACGCGUCCCUCCUGCCUGCCCCUGCCCGAGCUGGGCCUGGUACUCAACCUCAAGGAGAAGAAGGCCGUGCUCAACCCCACUAUCAAGCCUGAACAGGGACUAGACACCACAGAGAUGACUGGCAACACCAUGGGCGUUCAUAUCCCUGUCAUGGGCUUCACUAGCAGUCUGGAUGAGGGCCUGAUCACCAUGGAGACAGUGUCCAGCGUGUCUAUGUCCAGUGGUGUGGCCCCGCCCCCUCAGGGUCUGAAGAGGAAGUUGGACAGUGUCGUUGGCCCGCUGGGCUCGUCCUCACCGGAGCCAGGCCAGGUCCUGCAGGAAGAGGACACCAGUAAAAAAUUCAAGAUCAGAUUCAACACCGUGGAGGAAGAUGAGAUUGACAUGGAGAGUCCCCAUGACAGCCAGGCGUUCAUCCACCACCACCUCAACAUCCUGGAGAGGCCAUCCACACCAGGUAAGGAACCUCCAGCCGUGGACCAGGCCGUCCUCUCCCUGCCUGUCACCCCCUUACCUUCUUCCUUCGGCAAAGAGUCCACCUCUUCCUCCAAACACAGCGGUGACCACCACCAUCACCACCACCACCACGAGCACAAGAAGAAGAAGAAGAAGAAGCACAAACACAAACACAAACACAAACAUGAGAGUAAAGACAAGGAGAGGGACUCCCAUGCCUUCAGUAACAGCCCUGCUAGUGGACGCUCCGUGAGGUCUCCAUCCAUGUCUGACUAGAACACAGCUCUGCCUCCUGGUUGGUCCUUCAGUAACAGCCCUGCUAGUGGACGCUCCGUGAGGUCUCCAUCCAUGUCUGACUGAGCUGUGAAACAUCAUCCUCAAGACUAGACUCCAACUGUCAGUGGUUCAACUCCUCUGAAUAGACCUUACUGGUUUGCUGCGUGUCAACUAGCCUGGAAUCCACACUAAAUAUUGCUUGUUUCAGAGCUAAGUUUAGUUUGAAUUUGGAAAAUGGAGCAAUAUUCAGUGUGGAUCCAGGGCUGGCCCUGCAGUUAGUGUAGGAAUGUGUGUAGCCUAACCGACAUUCUGUGACGUCUUCAUUAACCACACAGAGAGGCAGACCUGUGGGCCUCUCCAGAAGGGAGCCCUUUGGUUUUAAAAGCAUCCCAGUCUCCAAUCACCUUAACCACACACAUACACACCCACCACACACACACACUUCUGGCUGUGCCCGAACCUGUCUGUCUCCUACCAUCAUCAACAACAUUUUCAGUUAGUGGCUGUGCGUCCUCACAAGGGAACCUCUUCAGCCUGUUGAACCUGGUCUCACAGACUGCCACUAGACUUUCCCCCACGUUGCCCUGGACAUGGACUUACAGGUUUACUUUAACCCUGCAAUUAAACUAAGAGGAGAAAUUCCACUCUCGUUCAGAGACCCAAUCAAUUCAAAGAUGGCAGAAUCAAGAAUGAGAUGUUUCUAAACGUGUAGGAUGUAGAAUUUAUAGUAAAAUAUAAAUUGUCUCUAAUUAGGCGGACCUGCAGUAGACCAUGACUGUUUUGCGUUCUAAACCGCACCCUAUUCGUUAUAUAGUACACUAUGUUUGACCAGGGCCCAUACGGCUCUGGUCAAAAGUAGUGCAUUUUAUUGGGAAUAGGGUGCCAUUUUGGAUGUAGCCGUGACUAAUAGCCUAAUUGCUGCCCUGUAUGACAUCACCAUACUGAAGAGUCAUUGGGUUGUUCUAUACCUGUUUCUAUUGCAUUCAUAUGGCACUGUUUCUAACCAUGCAUGUUUUAACUGUUGUUUUUACUGUUAAAGUCAUUAGAUUGUGUCCUUCUUGUCCCUCACCCAAUCAGUAACUAGAUUGUGGAUGGUCUCCUUGUCCCUCACCCAAUCAGUAACUGUUCUGUUCUUUAUUCAUGAUGUACUCCAGUUGUGUUGGAACCUUUUCAUCUAGGUUGGACAUGACUACAUUAUCAUAAAGAUGUUGGAAAAUAAACCUUCUGAAGUCAA